UCGGAAAAUAACCCUUUCUAAUUCUUCAGAAUGAUGGUACUCGUACAGCAAUGUCGUAGAGCUUCUUUUUCCCCACUCGAAAUCGAACAUACCAGCAUGACGACGAGCAAUCGCAAUUUGACCCUCACGUCGUCCGAGGGAGAUGCCUUCGAAGUACCGGUUCAUGUCGCCACGAUGAGUGAAGUUGUUCGACAAGUUGUUGAAGACACCGCCGACAGCGACGACGUGGACAUCCCGCUCGCGGCCGUCAAGACCCACGUGUUGGUCAAGGUCGUCGAGUUCAUCAACUACCACCACCAACACCCCAUGAAAGACAUCCCGACACCGAUUACGACGUCGUUUGAAGACGUGGUGGACGAUUGGGACUUGGAUUUCAUCAACGAAUCGUACGAGAUGAUCUUCGAGCUCAUUUUGGCUGCCAACUACCUCGACAUAUCGCCGUUGUUGAACUUGGCGUGCGCGAAGAUCUCAGGCGUCAUAUACGGCAGGUCGCCCGACCAAAUCCGUGAGAUCUUUGACAUCGAAGCGCCAUUCACUGCCGAAGAAGAAGCGUUUAUUCGCCAAGAAAACCAGUGGCCUGAAAUGGGAUAAGCAGCAUCCGUCGACGUCCAGCAGGUCAUGACGACGAUGGGCGCGAUGGAAUGGAUUUGUGUGGAAUGUGGUAGUAGAGUUUGAAUCCACCGGUCGGUAGUCGCAUUCGGAAACCUCACGUCUAGGAUUUUGGGGAUAAUAUAUUUUUUGCCAGUUGACAGAGGUCCACGAGUACAGUACAGUAAACAAAUCCCCUGUUUUCUACUUCGAAGUACGAUAAAUUGUCAAAUCCAAAUAUUAAUAUAAUUUCAC